AUGUUUAAAAGUUCGACUGAUCAAGAUCAAUUGAAUUCUUCAAUUUUAAAAAAUUGGAAGGAACAACAACAACAACAACAGGAACAAGACCAAUCAUUACCCUUAUCAUCUCCAUUACAUUCAACAAAUAAUUCAUCAUCUUCUCCAUCUUCAAACAUGAAUAAUAAUAUCAAUAAUAUCAAUAAUAUGGAUAUGGAUAUCGAUAUGGACUUCGAAGCGGAUAUCGACAUUGAUAUUGAUAAUGAAAUUGAUAAUGAUAAUGAUAGCGACUUUAGUCCAGAACAUGAAGAAUUAAUUAAGCAACACUUAAGAAUCACGAAAGAAAAUAAAGCAAGUAAUAAUUCAAAAAAUUAUUCUCAUGUCCCAUGUAAAUUCUUUAAAAAUGGGAAUUGUCAAGCUGGUAACGCAUGUCCAUUUUCUCAUUCUUUAGAUUAUUUAACUGCUAAUAGAACUCCUUGCAAAUAUUUUAAAAUGGGGAAUUGUAAAUUUGGUAAUAAAUGUGCUAACUCUCAUAUCAUUAAUCCAUCUCAAUAUAACAAUAGUACUAACACUAAUGUUAAUAUUGAUAGAAGAAAUUAUCCUCUGCAUCCAUAUGUACCAAAAUCAAGUUCCCUUCCAAGUGAUUACAAUGACAUCAAUAAUACUAAUAUUCCUAUGUCUAAUCCACAACAACAAAUAAGUUCCACGUAUUACUCAAAUACUUUAUCUCCUCCAUUAACUGCCCCAGGAAAUGGUAACCAAAAUUAUAAUUACAACUACAAUUAUAAUUCUACUAGUUUACAAAAUUAUUCACAACAACAACAACAACCUUAUUAUCCAACUUCAACAAGAACAACAAAUAUGAAUAUGGAUAUGAUGACUCCAAGAAAUUACGAAUACCGUCACCCACCACCACUACAACCCGGACCACAUUAUUCUUACCCUUCCUCAUCUUCUUCCCAACCUUUGUAUAAUAAUAAUGAACUGGCUAAUACAAAAGUAUCUCCUCGAACUUCCUCCUCUUCGUCUACAUCAGCUUACUCAAAUUCUAGGAAUAUGAAUUCUCAAGAAGAACACUAUCAAUCGUAUCAAUAUCCUUCUUUUUCGGGUACUAACGGAAAUAUUAAUAACGACGACAACAACAAUAAUUACACAGAUAUCGAAUGGGUUAGAAACAACUUAUUUAACAUGAGAAUUUCAAAUAAUAUAACUACAUCGGUACUACCACCACCACAGGCUUCUACUGGUACUAAUACUACUGUUACUAAUUCUAAUAAUAAUAAUAAUUUGGAUAAUCAUGAAUUUCAAGAAAAUUUAUUACUUUCAAUGACUGAAGAAGAUGAUGAAGAACAACAAAGACAAAAUGCAACAGUUGAUAAUAAUAGGAAAAAUAUGGAAAACAGGACGGUUGAAACUUGA